UAUGUAAAAAGUGCAGCUUUGAGUAAGAGGACGGUUAACCUUUUCUGAAUUUUCAUACGACUGAGGGUGGUAUUCAGUGUCUUGCUAGAUUGUGACCGCAUGAAGUGAGUAACGGCUGUCUCUGAAUACGCUUGUGACAUUCCGUCAGACCCUGUUUGUGAGGACCGUAACAACAUGCCGGCACGAGAUCCGACGGUCAUCUACGUCAUGAAGUCAAAGACUGGGAACAAGGAGAGCGUGUUACUCCGGAGUCUACUUCGAGGGAAGAGAUCUCUGAGGUUAGUGAGAGGGUCUAAAGGACUCACCAUCCAAAAAGCUUCAUUCAUUGGUGAUGCGCCAGGUUUGAAUGAAGACGGAGCGGCGGAGACAAAAGGUGAUAGCGAGGCUGGUGCACGUGCGGACGGCGACAUGGCGUCAGAGGUAGAUCCUGGGGGAAUGGUGUGUGGGGAGGAGGUUGUCCUUGCUGCUGCAGCCCAGGAGGCAGAGCUCAGGGACAUGGAGACGAGAUUUGCUGAGGAUGAGACGUCUGAUGCAGGAGGUGGAAUCAGCCAGACCGACGUCAAAAACAAACCGAUGACGAUGAGGACGAACCUCCGUCUGCAGCUGAUGCGGCAGCAGCUAGCAGACGAGGAGCAGAAGGAACAUCAGAUGCGACAACAGAUGCCACCGUCGCAGUAUCGCCAGACAACGGACGCCAUUCAUAUGCCGGUGUCGGUCAGCCCCUCGGAGGUUCCCGCCCAGAUUUAUAAGGUUCAGACUCGGCUUGAAAACCCAACCAAGUACCAUGUUCAACAAAAACAGCAGCGCCAGAUUCAAAUGUUUCUCAGCCAAUCACAGGGCAAGGGCACCGUGCAUUCGUUUCCUGGGGUGAACCUUGGCAACCUCACCACUAUGACCAGCAGCUGCCCGACUGAUCCACCCAGCCCACUGUCUAUUGGUAUGAGCAGUACAGCGACUAGUUUGUCGGAGGUCGACGAACUGCUGGGUGACAUCGCCAGUUUGGAAUCAGUUGAUGCAACCAUUGAUGGUGACCUGAGUCUGAUUGAACCGACACUCACACACAUGUCACAAACAGUACCAGGGUUACCACAAAGCAAGAAUGUCUAUGAUAUGUUCAAUUUGACUACGAAUGGUGCUUCGCAUAAACAGGCCAACUCGUGUCCUUCCGACUUCAACUUAGACAGCAUCAAGGAAGAAAUGCCCCCGUAUAGUAACCAUUAUCUCAACGACGACAACCGCGCCAUGGCCAAAGAUCGACAGAAGAAAGACAAUCAUAAUAUCAUUGAGCGAAGACGUCGGGUUCACAUCAAUGAGAGGAUCAAGGAACUAGGAACACUUCUGCCAAAGUCAUGUGACCCAGACAUGCGACAAAACAAGGGCACCAUCUUGAAGGCAUCUGUUGAUUAUAUCAGGCGACUGAGACGUAGUGAUGAGAGGUUACACCAGGUUGAAGCCAAGUCGAAGAAUAUGGAAUCAGCGAAUAGGAAGAUGAUGCUGAGGAUUCAGCAACUGGAAAUGAUGAUGAAAAUGCAAGGCUUGAAUGUGCCUGAUAGUGAAUUGGAAACAACAGACUGUCUAACCCAGGUGCUUCAUCAAUCCACAGGGUAUAACACUGUACCUUCUGUACGGAUAAAACGGGAGACUGAUGAAGGUCCCACGCCGACAGUUAUUCAUGAACUCAUGGACGAUAGCUCUCCUGUUUGUGGAGACCCAAUGCUCUCAUCGCCAUUACAUCAAUCUCGCUGCAGCAGUGUCAGCAUGGACGAUUCAAUGCUGAACGAUUGUGGUGUGGAGUAUGUCAAUUUAUAACGUGGAUUGUCACCCAGAGAAUCUGCAAAUGAAUUUUGAAAAGCCGUUGAAAGAGAUUCUCAGAAAGAGACGUCUUAUCUUUUGAAUGCGUGUUACGAGAGCUUCAGAACGGAUGAGGUCAAAAGGCUUCGAGGUUUUGAGGACAGUUGUGGUCAACUUUAAAAGCCGUUGGUGCUGUACCUUGAAAAUGAGCAGAUGAAAAAUGAAGACAUUCAGAUUGCCUGUUUUCAAGGUAAAAUGGACUUGAAAUGGCCUGAUCUCACAGAUCAAUGCAAGAGAUGAAAAUAGACUUCAGAUCCCGCAGUUGGAAAUGAAAGAUGUUAGAAAUGAACUGUGCUGCAGUGUACUUUUCGUGUGCUGUAGUGCAGUGCACAUUAACUCUAAUACACUACUUGUGUUGUAGUGCAGGGUAGAUGAACUCCAAUGCACUACUCGUGUGCUGCAGUGCAGUGCAUGUAUCCUGAAGUGCAUGAUAAUUAUUUGUGUCAUUGCUAAUGGAAGGCCAGAGUUUCUUAAAAUAAGCAGUGUGGUCAGGUUUAUGAUCCAGUUGCUGGCUCAACGAAGUGAUCUGUGACAAAAUAGUAGUUAUCUGGUUGGAUAGGUGAUCCAGGAUAGAGCAGGUCACCGGCGAGAUAUGCCCGAGCAGAUGUGAUGCCGUACGUCAUAGCGAAUGUCAAGAGGUGUUCUCUAACCUUGGCCUGAGGUGUAAGAUAGUUAACAGAUCAGUUGAGGGAUUGCAUGGUUCCAGACAUUAUGUGGAAACGUUCAUACCCACAGUCAAAGGACUGGAGAAAGUUAAACCUCGGGAAUAUGUGCCUUUAUGACAAUGUUGGCUCACCAGUUUUUGGUGAAAGCAAUUUCUUCAUGUAGUUUAGAUUGUUGAAUCUUACAAAUUACAAACUUAGACUGGUUUGUUAGAAUUGAAGAGACUCUUUCUAGGACUUUGAAUCAGAGCUGUGAUGGGUAAAAGUUGGAACUAUGUAAGCGCAUACCAGAUGCUGCUUGAAUACUCAUUGUGUGUCUUAGAGAGGUGAAGAACCUCUGGUAGGGUAGACGAGACUGCAUGAAACGUAAGAAGCAUUUUACUAAACAUUAUGUAAAUUCUAUGUAUUUUAUGAGACUACUCCAGGUUCUACAUAUUGCUUAGACAUUAUUCGAGACGAGAAUUCUCAAUAGUCCACAACAAAUAUGAUCAUUUUGUAACAUAUGAGGUUGCCUCCGUCACUUAAAGCAAUUAACAGUUUAAUUUUUGUUUAAGAAGCAAGUAACUGAUGGUGUCUGAACAAGUGUACUUCACAAGACAGGGACUUCCUGUUGGUAUCGUUGGCUAAAUAUUGUUGAUGUCAUUGGCACGGCCUCCCUUCUUGUUGAUAUCUCUCCUUCAAAUGAAUGAGCAGAUGCAGGACUGUGUGGGCCAUACUUGGAUGCAUCAGAACAUUUACACAGAGAUAUUCUACAACUGUGUGAUCUUGCAUAUUUGGUAGAGAUGUACAUAAAUGUAUGCAGCACACUCUACACAUAGAGCUCUGUAAACCACACAAUGAUAGCUCAAGUUCUCCUCCUUUACGUUGCAUAAACAUUGGGCACCUUGUUGUAAAUGUUAUCUCUUCUAGUCAUCUGUAAAUAUCACCAUUUUAUCACACUUUUCUAUCUUCAGUUCUGUACGUGUCAUAGUUGGACGGUUUCUAUAGAAUUGAAGGAGAACUUUCUCCGAGGGACUGUUUUCCAUUCAUGAGAUGUUAUACCUUCAGCACAGAUGUUGUUCAAGGUCUUUUGUUGUUACUUUGAUGUUUAAGUUUUAUGAUUUUCAUCUAAGUUCAAAAUUAUGCAAUACCGUUUCUAAAAUGUCAAGGCUCUUAUUGGUUGAGGGCGGCACUGGUAUGGAUGAUGUCAAUGACAAUGUGUCACAGUUGAGUAGAGGUUUCUACUUAGAUUUACAUAGUUGAUUGAUUGGCAUCUAUUUUGACAUGUGACAUUGAUUGAAAAUAGUGAUGGAUGUGAUGCCCUUUAGGAAGGGCAUCAUUAUUGUACAUAGCCCUCUAUGAUACCCAUAGUUUUACAUCUUGUAUUCAAAGAAAGGUAGUUAGUUAGGUUCACAACCCUAUCGAUGUUAUCUUUCAGAUUGUUCUAUUUAUACACUUCAAAGUAGCACGCAAGGUUUUGGAGCUUAGCCAAAACUUUUGAGUGUCUAAACCAGCCAUGCAUUGGUUAUUGUAUCAGACUACUGUAGGUAGUAGUUAACUACUGUUUGUGUUGGUAGUGCUGAAUGUUUGAGUUUGAUCAUAUUGUGGACAAAAAUGUUCAACAGUUAUAUUCAUGGCACGAGGAUGUUUGGAAUGGUGAAUUCGAGCUAAUGUUUCACACAGUUCUGAUGGCAGUCAAUCUGCUCAAAUUCAUCUUGAAAUUUCAAACAGACAAUAAUAAGGUUGUGUACCUGACUGAUUAUAAUACCAGAUAUCGUUACACACUCUGUAAAUGUACAUGUAUGUGUAAUGUUGAUUGAAAUAUAUUUUCAAAGCACAGAA